AACAACACCCAACAAUUUACAGAGUAUGUAAAAUCUCUGGAAACAAUUUUUUACAUUGGAACAUGGAAAUGCGAUUUGAAGGCAGCUCCAUGUGCAUGCGGCUGGGUUCCCGAACGCCUCAAAGAGUUCAUGCACGAUCAACAUAAUCAGAGGAGACUAGCAAUGAAUGCAUUUAUGAUGGAAACUGAAGAGCAAGGAGCAACGUCUAUGUUAUCAAUGCCAACAUACCAAGAUCCCGAUGAUUCAACAUACGCAACGCCACCGGUUCAAGAAGAUAUGGAUAGAAGCACAAGUUCACAAUACACAGAGAUAUACGAUUGUUUUAACUUUACCUUGGUAUGUGACAGAUUUGGUGUGCCUGACAGAGUAGCAUCAGCAUUGGGAACCGCUCUAUUGCAAGAUUUUAAAAUUAAAGAUAAGCAUGGGAAACCUCUCAUCACGGAUAAAUCGAAAGUUCGCAGAGAAAAAGAGAAAUGCAGACAAGAAGUGCUUCGCAAACGGUUAGAUGAUACCAAUUUGUUAGCGUUUUCAUUCGAUGGCAGAAAAGAUGAUACUUUAACGAUAGAUAAAAUUGAUGAGAAGUAUCAUACUAGGAUGGUAAAAGAACCUCAUCUUGUUAUUUUGAGAGAACCCAAUUCUGAAUUGAUUGGUUACGUAAGACUGGAACAUGAAACCGCUGAAUACAAAACAACCAAAUUAAAUGGUUUUUUCAACGAUAAAAAUAUAUCACUGGAUACAUUAAUUGGAAUAUGCACUGACGGUGAGCCAACAAACACUGGCCCACACGGUGGAAUUAUACGACGAUUCGAAUUGCUGUUAAAAAGACCAUUGCAUUGGUUUGUUUGCCUUCUACACUUCAACGAACUUCCGUUUCGGCAUUUGUUUGAAGCUUUGGAUAAAUCAACCAGCACUGGACCAAGAUCGGCAACCGGAAAACUGAGCCGUCAAAUCGAAACUUGUGAAACUCUUCCGGUGGUGGACGGCUUCCAGAAAAUUGAGUUGCAAAAUAUGCCCCCUGCUCCAGAAAAAAAGAAUUUUCCACCGAUUCGAAGUACUUAUACGACAUGGCCCAUGCAAUUUCUAGCGGCGUGGUUCCGGUGGGAAAAUUGUACAUUCUCGGUGGCUCACCAAGGCCGCUAGAUUAUUGCGAUUAUAUGUGACAACGGAAAAUCCAGAUGCAAAUUUAAGAAUUCUGGUUGAAUUUAUAAUUAAAUGUUAUGUGCCAAUGUACUUCAAUAUCAAGUAUUACAGCUCUGUCGUGUACGGCAGUGCUUUAUUUUUCAAAUUCAUUGGUUGGUCACGAUUUCUAGAACCUCGUUUACGCAAAAUUGUCAAUCAAGUAAUUAAAGAUAAUUCAUAUUAUGCGCAUUCGGAAAAUAUCUUGUUAUCAAUGUUGUUUGAUGACAGGAAAGAAAAGCGCGACUGUGCCAUCAAGAAAAUUCUACGCUAUCGAACCGAUGUUGACGAGCCAAUGGAACUUAGAGUUUAUAAAAACCAGAUAUAAACUUUAAUUGCACAAGUUAUACGGAAAUGAUCAAUUUGAAUGACAUAAAUAUCGUAUUUGAACCACCAUUCACGCGAAGCAUUCCGUACGAUACAUUGAAAGAUUAUUUAAAUCAAGAUGAUCCACCGUUUAAUGAUCCAAAAAUUCCAUCACACAUACAAGGAACGGAACGACAUGUUUAAUUGCUAGCUAGCGUUUCCAAACGGGUUAUACCGGAAAAUGUAGAGGCUGUUAUGGUGACGACAUUAGAGAGCCGUGCGAAAUUGCCCAGACUUGAAAGUAAAAAAGACUUCUAACAAUAAUUCUUUUUAGUUUCUUUUCUAUAACUCACUUAAAUUAAUUUUUUCAUUUACAUAUGUUCUGACUAAAUUAAUUUCUUAAGAGAAAAAAUAGAUAUUAUUAGAGAUAAAUAAAUAAAAAUAAAGAAAAAACAUAGCCAUUUAGCUGAUUUUUUCAUGUAAAGGCCAAAAAUGGUGAUUUUUUAAAAUGAUUGUAUGGGGAACCUCCCAGGGGGUGUGCCACUGGCAUGGGUGGAUCGGCCGUCUAAAGUUAGUGGGGGUCGGUCAUACAUUUGGACUCGAUUGGAGCACUCUAAAUGGGUCAAAGUGGGAUUUUUCAAAAUUUGCCCUUACCCAAAUUGGGGGACAUCAAAAUUCGUUUUAGAGGUAUGGUUCCUUCGGCAAAGUUUCUUAUUUUGAUCCCUAGAAUACGAUUUUCACAGAGCAAUGAGCGAUUUUUAAAUCG